AUGAUAUUCGAAAUUUUACCUGUUGAAAUAAUUCGAGAAUUCUUUGAAUAUCUCAAUGGUUUCGACAUCUAUCAAUCAUUUUAUGGAUUGAACAGACGUUUGACAGCUAUUGUUCUCUCGACUAUGGAAUCACAUAUCGAUCUGCGCGAAGUUAUGUCAAACGAAUACAUUCAAAUGUUACAUUUGGUUAAUCCAUCACACGUUAUUUCUCUCAAAUUGGCAAAUAGAUGGGAGAGAAAUCAAAUUAAUUCAGUCAUUCGUAUUUAUUCAAUAGACACCUUCACGCAGGUUCGAUCUUUAACAUUUGAUCUACUAAGUAUAACUAAUCUCGAAGAAAUCGUAGAUAUUUUACCAUCGUUAACUUCUCUUGUAUCUUUGACAAUCACUUCCAACGAAAAUCCACCAUCGAAAAUCUAUUCAAAGUUGUUCUAUCGUCUUCGUCACAUUAAACGACUUCGUUUAAUGUCUCUCAAGGGAAAAUUGGCUUGUUGGGGUAAUAUUGAUAUUCGUCAAUGGCAUCUCGAUACAUCUCUUUUAUUUCCUUAUCUUCCACAUCUUCGUUCGAUUGAAACGAGUCUCUGUUUUGGCAAUGCUCCAAUUCCGUAUUUGCCCAGAUUGCGUUCGUGUAUUCUCUAUUUCGGUUUUUACGGCUUUCCCGAACUUAGUGAUUUCUUUCGACAAUGUCCUAAUCUGAAAAUACUCAAACUUGAAACAACAGGUAUCGAUGUCGUGGAUGGUCAGCAAUGGGAAAAUAUUCUCACACGCGCAUUGUCUCGUCUUCAACAUUUUAAUCUUCUCGUGGAGUUUAUGGGAGAUUACGACGUUGAAAGUUGUCGAGCUUCUUUUCAAACACAAUUUUGGAUUCAACGUGCUACACAAGUGAAUUUAGUUGAAAGUCAUAUGCACAUUGCACCAGAUGACAUUCGUACAGUUUAUCAAAUGACAAUCGAUUUCAAUUAUCAAAAUCAACAUCAAUCUUACAACUAA